CAUGUGCACCAAACAUGCAGCCAUAGGUUUGAGGGCGCUAAUUAUUUCGAGUUGCGCUUCCGAUGUUGUACGUCAAAGUUGUCGUCGUUUGGACGAGCGACUUGAUCGUACGUUCACUGCACUUGGGUGAUGGCCCGUUGUCGGCGCAUCGUGGGCAUCGUUCAAGCAGCAACGCGCCACCAACGCGACGCAGGUUUCAAUGGACUCGCCCAUGUUUUCGACGGCCGACACGGCAGUCCACGAGAAACCGAGUCUGUCGAGGAUGUCGAAGUUGUGUUUGCUCAUGGUGUCUUUGCUUCGACGGAGCUUGUUGACGACUCGCCCAAGGGCCAGUGGGUUCCCAGUCCAUUGGACGUUCGAGUCGGGCAGAGUGUACUUUUGCGGCACUUCCAAGUGCCCAUAUGCAGCCUUGUACGCUGCGAGCGCCGCCACCUUCAUGGGAAAAGAAAUCGACCGCCGCGGUCCUUCCCAGUCAAACCCGAUCGCGUCGAGAUCCAUCCGCUUCGACGUUGGAAGUGACAAUUUGGUGCUGCGGAUAUUGUGCACACGGACACCGAGUGGGAGACCCCACGCCAAUGCGGGCCACUCGGUGCUCCGAGGCACCUUGAACUUCUGGGCCACCUGCAUGUCUCCGUGUACGACCUUGUACGCGACCAACGCCUGCACGACUACACUCCAAGGAACUCGCGUUGCGGGUGCAGCAGCUAGCAGGGCUCGCGUGCCUAGUGAGGAUUGAGUGGAUCUUGACGCUGUAUUGGCUCGGGUGGACGAUGCUCGCUGGUGAUGAAGAGAUGUUCUAGUCGGCGCGGACUCGUCGUCCACGUGAGGUACGUUGAGUGGAUGGACGAGGAAGUUAAUUGCGAGCUUGGCUGCUGCCAUGGCGGGAUUCAAAGUGAGCUGUCGCGGAGUCGUCUC